UUGCAUUAUGUAACUGUAGCACAGACCUUCCAGUUUGACAGAAAUACCUCAGCAGUGUGUUAAGCUGAACGUCUUGAAAUGCUCAGGCUGGCUGGCUUUUUCCCUUUCCCCCCUCUCUGCGCGCUCUCUCCCUUUCUCUGCCUCAUGCACGCACACACACGCGCGCGCUCUCUCUCUCUGUCUUUCUCCCUCUCUCUCAAAGGCAGGAAAUACUUUUCAGGCAAUCUGGGCCUGGUUGUUGAGGCCCCUUUUACAAAACAUCAGUCUGAAUUUAGUAGACAGAAGUCACUGGGAAAAGCUUGACAGGCUCAUGCUUAGCUAAGGCUCCCUCCAGCUGCAGAGGGUGUUUUUGUUAGAAUCACACAUUGAGCAAAACUGCUUAGAAUAGAGCAAUGAUCUCAGUAGCGAAAUCUGAACUUUUAUGCUAGCAGGAGCUAACUGGGACUGGGCUCUUUUGUUUGUUGGGGUUUUGCUCCUUUUUUAAAAUUUCGUAUUUUUAUUUUUGCUUUUUUACCAAAGACUUCAGGGAGUUCAUGUCCGUGCUCCACAUUUUCUUCAUCUAGGUAUGGCUGUCUUGGAAUCUUCCUAUACUUUAAAAUAGCACAAAAUACAAACAUUUAGAAAAUAAUAAUAGAAAGAAAAGAAAAAACAGCAGAGAAACAAGCAGCAUCCAGCACUGGAGCUUUCAGCGUUCAGGAUCUCAGCACUAAAAUUAGAGGAAGGGAAGGUCCGAUAUCUCUUCUGCAUUAGAUUGAGAAUGUGUGCUUUACUGCCCAACCCAUUCAGACAGAAGAAAGCUGUUCAUGGUGGUCAGAAGCUCUGGACUGUGAAGAGCAUGGGUCUGAAGAUGUUAAAAUGAUGAAACCCUCUCUCCUUCUGGAGCAGCGCACGGCAGCCAUGACAUCUCCUUUGGUCCUCCAUGGAAGGUACGCUGUAGCCUGCUGCUGAACUGUUAUGACAUGUCUCUAGCAAUCAGAAAGAAAAGCUGGGAAGAGCAUGUGACCCAGUGGAUGGGAUUGGCUUUGGAGUCUGUGGAGUAUAAUACAGCAUGUCGUCACGGACUCGUAGCUGAUAACUUGCAGACAAGUAUGGAAAAAGAUGAGGUUUUGAGUGUGGACCGGAAAGAAAAAUGCGCUUCGUUUCCAGAAUGCUGUCACAGUGGAGAGCCGAUUGGCUUCCCUGCAAAGCAGCUUGGAAAUGUUUCAAAGGAGGUGGAUGAAAAUGAUAACCAUGAAGAUGAGGAGCAUUUUCUGGAGGCCAGCACAGAAACUCUAGUCCAUGUGUCUGAUGACGAUGAUGACUAUUCGACACUCAACCUGGAUAGUGUUAACUACCACAUCACUGCUGUUGGAAGGGAACCAGAAGCUGAAGAAAAGAAUUUAAAUGGAGCAGGCUCCUUAGCACAGAUGGUACCAAUGAUGGAGGGUAACAAGGAAACUGAAGCAUCUGGCAUAAUUGGGGAUAUUAGUAAGAAACCUGGUUGUGACAUAGUUCCUAAAGAGGAGAUGGAAGAAGACACUUGUGGCAGUAUUGGAAAAAGCCUGGAGCUUUGUAAUUAUGAAGGCUUAAAUGAAGUAGUAAGUGUAGAGAAAGAAAAUCUUUCUAAUUCUCCAAAUGUGAAAGAAAUUAUUAUGCCUGGGAAACAGCUGCUUCAUACCGCUGUAAUUGCACAACAGCGCAGGAAAUCUGAUGCUUUUAAAGAUGGGCUUGGAAAGUCUGAGUGUAAUGUGGUCGAGAGUGGGAUUUCUUCUGAUUCAUGGACCAGCAGUGAUAGACAACCAUGUUCAUCAGUGGAAUCCAGCAACUGCCUUAUGCAAUCUUCUCCUUGCUCUCACAUCCCAGCAGUGGAAAAUGGUCUGGAUGAAAGUGGUUUCACAGAACCUCAAGUGGCCCCUGAAAACAAAUGCCUUUCAAAUGUCAGUUCAGCAGAAGAUAUUCAGUGUUUACAUUUAAGGAAUCAUUUGACCACACAAGAAUAUUCAGACAGUCAAGUGAAACUGCGCAAAAGAAAGGAAAUAACAGAAGAUCGGGAUCGACCACGACUGGAUUCAAUGGUGCUGUUAAUUAUGAAACUGGACCAGCUGGAUCAGGAUAUUGAAAAUGCUCUCAGUGCAGGCUCUUCUCCAUCCAGCACCCCAACAUACAAACGGAGGCAUAUACCUGAUGUUGAAUCUGGUUCUGAAAGCGGAGUGGAUGUUGCUUCAAUAAGUCACUCACAAACAAACUUAUCUCCUAACAUUCAAACUCCUGACCCAGCACCAUCCUGUUCAGCAGCCAGUUCUGGAGCUAAACCAAAGGCUGGGGCUAUGCCAGUUAUUUCAGAGAAGGAGAAGGCUGAAAUCGAGGCCAAGGAAGCUUGUGACUGGCUGCGGGCUGCUGGCUUCCCGCAGUAUGCACAGCUCUAUGAAGAUCUCCUCUUUCCAAUUGACAUCGCUCUAGUCAAGCGAGAGCAUGACUUCCUGGACAGAGAUGCUAUUGAGGCCCUAUGCAGGCGCUUAAAUACUUUAAACAAAUGUGCAGUGAUGAAGCUAGAAAUCAGUCCCCACAGGAAAAGGAGUGAAGAUUCAGAUGAAGAUGAACCAUGUGCAAUAAGUGGCAAAUGGACUUUUCAAAGGGACAGCAAGAGGUGGUCGAGGCUUGAGGAGUUUGAUGUGUUCCCUCCAAAGCCAGACUUGAAUAUCUCCUCCCCAGAAGCUCCCCACCUUACAAACGCAGCAAGCCGUGAGAGCGUGCUCACAGACCUCAGCGAGCGGCAGGAGGUGGCUUCAAUUCUCAGCAUCAGCAGCACCAGCAGCCACCAACCAACCCUGCAGAGCGAGGCAUCUACCACCAGGACAAAUUCCGUUGUGAGCGUUUGUUCGUCGAGCAAUUUUGUAGCAAAUGAUGACUCAUUCAGCAGCCUGCCCUCGCCCAGGGAGCUGAAUAGCUUCAGCUUCAACACAAAAGCAAAUGAGAAGAACACCAAAUCUAAAACAAAGAGCCUGCUUAAGAGAAUGGAGAGCCUGAAAAUCAAGAGCUCUCACCAUGGCAAGAACAAAGCUCCUUCAAAGCUUGGCCUUAUUAUUAGUGGGCCCAUCCUGCAGGAGGGCAUGGAUGAAGAUAAGCUGAAGCAACUUAACUGUGUGGAGAUUUCUGCCCUCAAUGGCAACCACAUCAGCCUCCCCAUGGUACGAAAAAGGAGCGUCUCCAAUUCCACCCAGACCAGCAGCAGCAGCAGUCAGUCUGAGACGAGCAGUGCCGUCAGCACACCCAGCCCUGUCACGCGAACGCGGAGCCUCAGUGCAUACAAUAAAAGGGUGGGCAUGUACCUGGAAGGCUUUGACCCCUUCAACCAGUCAACCUUCAGUGAUGUGAUGGAGCAGAACUUCAAGAACAGGGGAAGCUUUGCAGAAGACACCGUGUUUUUUAUCCCAGAAGAUCAUAAGCCCGGCACUUUUCCCAAAGCACUCUCCAAUGGCAACUUCUCUCCAACAGAAAGCAAUGCUUCCGUGAACUGGAGGACGGGGAGUUUCCAUGGCCAUGGCCAUCUCACCCUCCGGAGGGAAAACAGUGGAGACAGCUCCAAAGAGCUGAGCAUGGGAAAACGGCGCAACUCUGCUAGCUCAUUGAGCAGCCGCCUGAGUAUUUAUGACAACGUGCCAGGCUCGAUCCUGUAUUCCAGUACGAGCGACUUGGCCGACCUUGAAAACGAAGACAUAUUCCCAGAGCUAGACGACAUCCUGUACCAUGUGAAAGGGAUGCAGAGAAUAGUAAACCAGUGGUCAGAGAAGUUCUCAGACGAAGGGGACUCUGACUCAGCGCUCGACUCCAUCUCCCCCUGUCCUUCCUCCCCAAAGCAGAUCCACCUCGACGUAGAUAACGAUCGAACAACACCGAGUGACCUUGACAGCACAGGGAAUUCACUUAAUGAAACAGAAGAGCCUUCAGGGAUGCAGGACAGAAGGGACUCUGGGGUGGGCGCGUCUCUGACACGGUCCAGCAGGCACAGGCUGAGAUGGCACAGCUUCCAGAGCUCCCACCGGCCCAGCCUCAGCUCGGCGUCUCUGCAGAUCAACUGUCAGUCCGUGGCACAGAUGAACCUGCUGCAGAAGUACUCGCUCCUCAAGUUAACCGCUCUGCUGGAGAAGUACACACCUUCCAACAAGCAUGGUUUCAGCUGGGCAGUACCAAAAUUUAUGAAAAGGAUAAAGGUGCCAGACUAUAAAGACCGAAACGUAUUUGGAGUACCACUGCAAGUCAAUGUUCAGCGCACUGGGCAGCCUCUUCCACAGAGCAUUCAACAAGCCAUGCGGUAUCUUCGCAACCACUGCCUGGAUCAGGUUGGACUAUUUAGGAAAUCUGGAGUCAAAUCAAGAAUUCAGGCUUUACGUCAAAUGAAUGAGAGUUCAGCAGACAGCGUCAACUACGAAGGCCAGUCUGCUUACGAUGUAGCAGACAUGUUAAAGCAAUUCUUCCGUGACCUACCCGAGCCCCUCAUGACCAACAAACUCUCUGAGACCUUCUUACAGAUAUACCAGUAUGUGCCAAAGGAUCAGCGUCUCCAGGCUAUCAAGGCUGCCAUUAUGCUUUCUGAUGAGAACAGGGAGGUCCUCCAGAUUCUUCUCUAUUUCCUGAGUGAUGUCACAGCUGCAGUGAAGGAGAACCAGAUGACACCAACAAACCUGGCGGUGUGCUUAGCACCUUCCCUCUUCCACUUAAACACUCUCAAAAGAGAGAAUUCCUCCCCAAGGGUGAUGCAACGAAAACCAAGCCUGGGAAAACCUGAUCAGAAAGACCUAAAUGAGAAUUUGGCUGCAACCCAAGGGCGCCAUAUGAUUGCUGAAUGCAAGAAGCUCUUCCAGAUACCCGAAGAAAUGAGCCGGGGCCGAAACUCGUACACAGAGCAGGACCUGCGUCCCCUCAGCCUGGAGGAGCCAGGGCAACAGCAGCACCACGGAGCCCUCCGACUACACUGCUACCUCCAGGACUGCGUGGACGACUUGCUGAAGGAAAUGAAGGAGAAGUUUAAAGGCUUCAGCUGUUCCACCUCAGAGCAAGCAGAACUGGCCUACAAGAAGGCGUGUGAAGGUCCCCCACUCCGGUUAUGGAAAACUACCAUUGAAAUUGCUGCCACACCAGAGGAAGUUUUAAAUCGUUUACUUAAGGAGCAGCAUCUUUGGGAUGAAGAUCUUAUAGAUUCAAAAGUAAUUGAACCUUUGGACAGCCAGACAGAUAUCUACCAGUAUGUCCAGAACAGCAUGGCACCUCAUCCAGCCAGGGACUUUGUAGUCUUAAGAACAUGGAGAACAAACUUUCCCAAAGGAGCUUGUGUGCUUUUAGCAACUUCAGUGGAUCAUGACCGUGCUCCAGUGGCAGGUGUCAGAGUCAAUGUGCUCCUGUCUAGGUAUCUGAUUGAGCCCUGCGGGUCAGGAAAAUCGAAGCUUACCUACAUGUGCAGAAUUGAUUUAAGGGGCCACAUGCCAGACUGGUACACCAAGUCUUUUGGACACUUGUGUGCGUCUGAAGUAGUUAAGAUACGAGACUCUUUCACUCAUCAGAGUCUUGAGAGCAAGGAAGUAAAAUCCAGGUGACUACUGAAGAGGAACAGCCGUGCGCUCCACACCUCAGCAACACAGAUGUUACCCAAAACUGAGGCUCGUCUGCUGCAGACCAUCUGAAAGUCAUGUCAUGAAGGGAUGACAGCAUGAGAACUUGACUGUGAGCAUUACCAUAGGACUGUGGCCAUACCAUACACUUUAAAGCUGCUUCCUGUCUGUGUAAGGCCUAUAGUGUAGGCCUUGACUGGAAUACAUAGGAGGACUGUGCAAAGAAAUAAGUAUUGUACUAUUAGAUGGUUUGAUUUGCUUCUGAGAAGCAAAAUUCUUUAAAUGCAAAAUAUAUUAUGAAAUAUGGUGAAGGCUCAUCAUUCCCAUGUGAAAUACUUAGCUUUAUGUAUAUACCCAUGUCAUUUUAUUUGUAGUGCGUUGAGGGACUGGUGUAUCCACUGGAAUAGUUGGUACUCUUCAAUGUGUUCUCACUGAGAUAAGCAGAGAAAGGUUUGCACAGAGAUUAAAGUGUGAAUGAGUGUGUUGAUGGUUGAAAGGAUAGCAGAAGUUGAACUUGAAAUGUGUCUGGUACACUGAUAGGCAGCCAGGAUGGAUUUUAGUAUACUGGAUACAGUUGAACCUAGAAUUUGACUCCUCCGUGGACCAUGAGUUGCCAUCCUUCCCAUUUGCCAGUUCUGCAUUUUCCUCAGCUCUAAUGUUAAAACCCCUACGCAGAUGUUACAAUAGGCUUGCUCUGGUUAGUGUUCACUCCUUAUCCAGAUGAUCUUUUGGGAGUGAUUAGCAAUUCUAUAGCAAUUUUAAGUAAAUAUACUUUCAAGCAACACCGCGGUUUAGAACUGAAAUGCUUAUGCAAUGGUCAAGAGAGCCAGUAAUCUCAAUUGUUAUAUUGCCUAAAAAAUGUUUGUUGCUUUUACUCCUAUCUGUGUUAACUAUAUGUGUUUUAAUGAGCUUUUAUAUAUAUUACUGUCUUCUAACACUCAAGAGGAAAAAGUAAACACUGGAGUCCUGGUGUUGGGAUGUGGCAGGACUCCUGCAGCAGCAGGCAGAGCGUGGUGAGCAGGAAGGGAAGAUUUGUAAGAGUUUGUUCCCUUUCUCUCUCUCCUGUGCUUGUUUUUCCAUAAGCUGCACGUUAAUGUGAACAGAACCUGAAUGUUAGCUAUUUGGGGGCAGAGAGGAAGGUGGGACUUUUUUCUUGUGUUUUUGUUUGUUUUUAAACCCUUUGGGAUGUUCUCCCCUCUGCAACAAUCAAACUACAUGAACUGUAGGAAGUCUUGAGGUCCUCUGGAAAGGUGUCUUUAUGUAGGUUUUACUGUAAAGGUAAGGAUUUGCUUUCGAGGUGCAGUAUUAAGUGAUAAAUGUAUUUUGUGGCUAGGGUAUGAAUGAGUUCCAAGAUGGAAUUUUGACUGAGACUUUGUUACCAUUGUCAGUAUUAUUUUAAGCUUUUUGAAGAUUUUUUUUAUUAUGGCAAAUAAUGUAGUACUUCCAGUAACAAUGUUCCUCAUGAGUAGGAAAGCCUUGUAUAUUCUUCUACAUCAAACACUUUUGAAUUUGUAAAAUUGUAUGUUGUACAUACCAUUCUAUUGUAAACAUGUAUACUUGCCCACAGCGUACUGUCAAACAUAGAUAAAGCAUGAUAAAGAUUAUUUAAAAUAUACCUGUAUUUAUACCUCAGAUAUUCUUUUUGGGUUUUUGUACCUCAAGUAUGUUUUCUAUUGUAAAUGUGCUUUACAUGACUAUGAUCUAAGUGAGAGAAAGGAAAAUGUUUAACUUGCUAUAGAUGUCUGUACAGAAUAUACUCAAUAAGUGCACUAUUAAAUGUUUAAAAUUG